AGCUGGAGAGCCGCAGCCACGUGGCUCUACCGCGCGCCGGUUUGCAACGAGCGACCGAACAUACCUGGACCUUGUCCAAACGCGGCCACCCAACCUGCGCAACUCUACUGCGACCGAAAGCUAACACUCAUUGGCUACGCCGCCUCGCGCUGCCUUCAUUCUUUUGUGUUGGCUCAACUGAAAAUAUUAAACUUCUAACUGCCAUCGAUAAAAAACAACUUUAUUCUUUCACGACAAUCCCUAGUCUGUUGCAAAAAACUAUGACUCAACUUGGCGACUCGGAAAAGCCAACUUCCGCCGAAGACCAAAGCAAAGAACAAGGUGACAAGCAGAAAACGGAAGGCAGCAGCAAAGACGAAGCUCUAGCUGCUGCGUCCGACGAAGCUGGGAGCCCGAACUCACCUGCUGCAUCCCCGGAAGCGUCUCCAGAAGCCUCUCCCGAAAUGUCACCCCCUGCACGGGACAGUGACAAGGGCGACAGUAUCCUGUGCAAAACUACCAUCGUACUAGUAUAAAUCGCAUGACAAAUUUUCUCAGCAUGAGAAAUGCAAUUUGUAGUGCGGGUUUACCUAACGAGAAGAGCUUCAAUUUGUAACGCAUGGCUGCGAUUACUACUAGUAGGUACGAUACUUUUACAAUCCAUAGAUAGCCCGGCGUCGCCAAGCUCGGGGCAGAGAUAUGAAACAACAGGAUGUACUUCUUGGUCGCGUAAUGUUGCCAUCUUCUACUAGUGUGUAGUACAACACUCUUGCGAUUUAUUCGAUUUGUGAUGUGGAGUAGCAAGAACAUGGGCAGCACCAGCUGCAUUUGCAAGAUUCAGCUUCUUCAGUCCAUGUUUGCUGCAUGACAAUGUCAACAAAUUAUCGCAGCUCAGUAUGAUGAAGAUGGCAGCAGCACCAUGACUACUUUUUAGCAUUGCAUACCAAUCCGGAACCAGUUAUGGAAGUGUCAGAAUCGAAAUUGACAAAAUCGAAAAACUUGUGAUGCAUAAAAUCGAUACCAGUUGGUGCCUCAGUUUGCAAGCGGCGCAUGACAAAUUUCGGGAGCACCCAAAUGCAGUCUGUCAUGCUGUUUGGGCAAAGAAGACUGCUCCUGUCAUGCUACUCUGGCAGCACAUUGCACACCCCUAAACAGGCUUGCAAUCGGACUCAUUUGCCUGCUCCCCAACACAGGCCACGCGUGCCCUACAUUUUAUGCAUUACAAAUUUUUCGAUUUCGACUUUGUCAAUUUCGAUCCUGACACCCCCAUACCAGUGACUAACAACCAGAUGACGCCAGAAGAGAUGGCGAACGCGGUAAAUAGGAUUUUUUUUGCUCCGUCGUGAAAAUGAAAAACAUCUUUCUAUGCAUGCAGCGUGAGAAGGAGCACAACUACAAGCACGAUAGGCCGCUAAUGGCAAUGUUCUUCCGCAUGACAAAUUGUUGGAAUGAUAAAUUUUUAUCCAGGCUUCGCAGGCGGCUUUCCAGAAGUUUUCGAAGGACUACAUGAUGCUGCAGAACAUGAAUUCAAACAGUUUGCCAAAACAAGGCGACAGAGACAACGUGAAAUUCGCUUACUACAAGAAGAAGCAAAAUUCCGACUCGCCAACCAGCAAUGAGGAAAACUCGGACUCGCCGAACUCUAACCUGUGCAAAAGUAUCGUACUCGUACUGCAGUCAUGCAUUACAAGUCCUUUUGUUAAGGUAAAUCCGCAUUACAAAUUCUAUUUCUCAUGCUGAGGAAAUUUGUAAUGCAAUUAUACAGUGCGAUACUUUUGCAAUGCAUAAACUCUCCCUCCAACCGAAACCGGAAGAGGGACGCCGGUGAUAUGAAGGUCCUAUCCACAGGAAAUUUCUGGUACACGUACAAGUCCAGCAAUUGCGGUCUCUGCAUGACAAAACUUACCCUCGGUCCUGGUGUAGCAUGACAAGUAGUUUUACAUUUCAAAUUGGCGAAAUUUGUGACGCAUUUUGUACAUGUACCGGAAUAAAUUUGUAGUGCAUAGGUCCCGAAAAGCCGCAACGAAAACAAACCGGUGUACACGAAUACCGACCGCAGCCACGGUUUCCACAAGAUCGAAAACACGGACUAUGACGAACAAGUGAAGAAGCAGCUAUGGAAAACAGAAAGAACUCAGCCGUCCUCUUCAUACACGACUGGUUUGUGAUGCUGCGUGAGGAACUCUCACAUGAAGAGAAUGUCAACAUGCCUUUCAUCUUUAUCUAUGUUGCGUCUAUAUUGUGCAUUACAAUCGUGUGCUGGAAGAUGAUGAUGAAUUUGUCUUGCAUAACCAGUCGACAACGGGUCCUACACUAAGUACCGUUCUGGUGUUUACCUCGCGUCUGGAACCUCCCACGGCGACUACGUUUCCAAGGGGAGUAAUUUCCACGGCAACCACUUUCACGAUGCGGUCAACAUGUUUGGUGCAUCCAAUAUCGACACCGACAACAACGACGGAACGAUAUGCAUUGCAAAAGUAGUAUCGUACUAGUAGGAAUUGGAAUUGCAUUACAAAUUUUCUCAGAAAAAAAAGGAAUUUGUCAUGCUGAGCAGCUACUAAGUAAAGUAGAUUUGUCAUGCGAGGCUGCAAUUACUACAUAGUACGAUACUUUAUUUGCAGUGCAUAAACGACCGUGGGCAACAAGAUCUACAAAUCCUACAAGAACCUGUUUGAAAAGCAGGAGAAAAUCGACUCCUAUCAGCAGACCUUGUUGUUAGACGAGGACUUGGAUAUCAUGCCGAUUACCACCUCUCCCCACGCGUUUAAGGUCUACUUGGUCCUGUACGUGAUUGGGAUCGUCG